CAGGAUCUGACAACCGAAACUUACUCGAAAUCGAAAGCUAUACACGAGAGUUCAGGGAAAAAGAGAAUUACUGGUGGUAGUUACGUGUACCGAACAGUCUGAGGUUAUUUAAUACCUUCCAAAUGGACGCCGGACUAAAGACUUAUGUCAGUUCUCUAAAUGAAUUCGCUCAGAAAAAAGGCUGGUCUGUACGUUAUGACCUGGUGAACACUAAUGGACAAGAGCACAUGAAAACGUUUACUAUGAUGGCAGUAAUAAAUGGUAAAAACUAUCCUGUUGGAUUUGGACCAAACAAGAAAGAAGCCAAGCAAAAUGCUGCAAAGAAUGCCCUCAGCGCUUUGGAAAAUGACGAGUCGAUUAAUACUGAAACAAAUUUGAACACUUCUUUCAGUUUAUUGUCUCUAACUCAACCCAACUUCACCUGCUGGCUGAAUGAGUACUCUCAUAAGACAAGGUUACAAUUCAAUCCUGUGGAAAAUAACAGGAUGGGGACGGGCUCUAGCAUUCAAAUGUGUUAUACUUGUAAGUACAUCUGUGGUGAUAAAGAAUUCCCUGAAGCUACUGGAAGGAACAAGAAAGAGGCCAAGGAAGCAGCAGCUGAACUUGUUUAUAACAUUAUUAAUGAACAGGAAAAAGAGCAAGACCUUGAUGACAACGCCAGUGGGGAAGAAAGUUUAAAUAAAUCCUUGCCCAACAGCAGGCCGAGCACACCUGGAAAUACUGAGAGCACAAGAUCAAGCGAAAACUUCAUCGGGCUCCUUAACCAUUAUUGCCAAAAAUGUAAACUUGUAUAUGAUUUUAAAUCUGUUGCGCAAAAAGGGCCUGCACAUGAUCCUGAAUUUGCAUUCAAGGUGGUUAUAAAUAACAGUGAAUUUCCCGAAGGACGAGGAAAGACUGCAAAAGAGGCAAAACAAAAAGCAGCCCAGCUAGCCUGGAGUGAACUUCCUGACUCUGGUUUAAGUAGUCAGAUUUUAUCGCCAUCCUCCAUGAGUAAGUCAGAAGUCUUUCCAAAUUCGUCGCCUGUAGCAGAACCACAGCCUUUACAUAUUAAGCCAAAAAUACAAAUAGCUGCAAAGUUUCAGAACUCACCAGUAAGCAAUAAAAAGGAGCAAUCUAACAUUAAUGGACAACCAAAGACUGACACAGUCUCGGACCAGCCAACAUCAAGGUUUUUGGAGGAGUUUGAUAUCAAGUCUAUAAGUAGAAUUGGCAGCGGAGGGUUUGGUCGUGUUUUCAAGGCCAGACGAAAGCUUGAAAAUACAACCUUUGCUGUCAAGAUAGUAAGGUUUACUAAGAAAGCUCGUAGAGAGGUCGAAGCUUUGUCCAAACUUUUUCAUCCUAACAUAGUGCGCUACCACACAUCUUGGACUGAGAAGACGGAGUACAGAGAUGACAUAUCAGACUCCUUCAGCGCUUCAUCCUCAGAAAGUGGAUCAGAAUUCCUCUAUAUUCAAAUGGAGUUCUGUGAAGGAGAAACUCUGGAAAAGUGGAUUAAGGAAAGGGAUAAUCACCCUGAAAAAUACCCUGACCGGAGACAGAAAGCAACAGAGAUAAUAAAGCAAGUCUUGAAGGCGGUGGCAUACGUCCAUUUAAAGAAUCUGUUCCACAGAGACCUGAAGCCAGCAAAUAUAAUGUUUGGGCUUGAUGGAGGCGUGAAGGUGGUAGAUUUUGGACUUGUUACCAAUGAAGAGAGGGAUGGUGAUGGAAUACUACUGGAACGCACUAUGGGAGCUGGGACUCGUUCCUAUAUGAGCCCAGAACAGAUUCAAGAGCAAGACUAUAACAAAAAGGUGGAUAUUUAUGCUGUGGGCCUUAUUUACUUUGAGUUGCUCUGGCGCUUUGGAACCCAGAAUGAAAAAAGCAAGCGAUGGGAUGAUAUACGAAGUAAGACGUUUCCAGAAGAAUUCUUCAAAAGUUUUGAUUUUGAACACAAGCUAAUUGAACGAAUGCUGUGUGAAAAACCUGAGGAACGAUCAGAAGCCAGCAACCUGCUCACAGAGCUGGAACAGCACUCGACCACCAACCCCUCUUCUGAGCACAAAGUCUCUGAUGAAAACACCAGCAGGGAAGACAAUCUAAAUCAAUCCUCCUCCAACACCAGAUUUGCAUACAAGGUCGUUAAUGAUAUCAUAGAAUUUCCUGAAGGACGGGAAACGAUUGCAAAAGAGGCAAAACAAAAAGCAGCGCAUCUAGCCUGGAGUGAAUGUACUGACUCUGGUUUAAUCAGUCAGGAGCAAUCCAAUAAUAAUACAGUCUCUCACCAGCCUCCAACAUCAAGGUUUUUGGAGGAGUUUGAUAUUAAGUCAAUAACAAGAACUGGCCGAGGAGGUUUUGGUCGUGUUUUCAAGGCCAGACGAAGGCUUAAAGAUACAACCUUUGCUGUCAAGAUAGUAAAGUUUAAUGAUAAAGCUCGUAGAGAGGUCGAAGCUUUGUCCAGUCUUAAUCAUCCUAACAUAGUGCAUUAUGAUGUGGCAUCAUGGACUGAGAACACUGCGUACAGACAUGAAACAUCAGGCUCCAGCAGCGCUUCAUUCUCAGAAAGUGAAUCAGAAUUCCUCUAUAUUCAAAUGGAGUUCUGUGAAGGAGAAACUCUGAAAAAGUGGAUUAAGGAAAGGGAUAAUCACCCUGAAAAAUACCCUGAGCGGAGACAGAAAGCAACAGAGAUAAUAAAGCAAGUCUUGAAGGCGGUGAAAUACAUCCAUUUAAAGAAUCUGUUCCACAGAGACCUGAAGCCAGCAAAUAUAAUGUUUGGGCCUGAUGGAGGCGUGAAGGUGGUAGAUUUUGGACUUGUUACCAAUGAAGAGAGGGAUGGUGAUGAAAAACUACUGAAACGCACUAAGGGAGCUGGGACUCGUUCCUAUAUGAGCCCAGAACAGAUUCAAGGCCGAGGCUAUGACCGAAAGGUAGAUAUUUUUGCUGUGGGCCUUAUUUACUUUGUGUUGCUUUGGCGCUUCGGAACCCAGGAAAACAAAAGUGAAAAAAUCAAGCUAUGGCAUGAUAUUCGAAGUAAGAAGUUUCCAGAAGAAUUCUCCAAAAGUUUUGACUUUGAACACAAACUAAUUGAUCGAAUGCUGUGUAAAAAACCUGAGGAACGAUCAGAAGCCAGCGACCUGCUCACAGAGCUGGAACAGCAGCUCGACCGCCGCAGCCUCUUCUGAUCACAAAGCACGCAAAGAAAACAGAACAUACUGAUGGCUGAACUUCACUCUCACACUGAUGUAGAAGUAGAUUAAGUGUUUUAUUCCAUCUUGUCCUGAAUGUUUUAGCAAGACUACUGUACAAAUCAUGACUUUCAAUGUAAUAGUUUAAAUUGUAUUUAUAGGUGUUGGUUUAACAUGUAUAGAGUGACCAAGCCCAGCAGCCACUCUGAGCUUAAUGUGUCAUCUUGACAUUUUAGAAAAUUGUGAAUGUCAGCACAUUGGUUAUUCUAAGGUUUGUGCCUCAACAGGAGAAAAUGGGGAGAGAACCAUUGUAUUGUUAAAUAUUGUUUAAUUUUUUUGCAUGCAUUUUAUAUGUUAUAUGAACUUUUUCAUUUUUCUUUUAGUGGAAUAAGUUUUUUGAGUUUCAAAACCCCAUUCUUAUCAAACCUGUUCAUU